CUCUCUCCUUGUGUUCCUGGUUGGUUCAUCUUUUCACUUAUGAGCUUGUCUCUUCUGAGGCAGCGCGCUGUGCACGCGAGCGCGACCGUGUCCUGCAACAUCACCGACGAUGAGAGCAUAACAUUUCGCAAGCUGGUCUCUCUUUCAUACUGUCUUCAUGUCCUUCUGUGGUCUUGUUCUUUGAUCUGGGCCCGUCUCCGCAGUGACAGUUGUACUGACCGGGGUCCAACAUGCAGAUCUGGUUCUGACAGUCGGAGCCCCAAGAUGGGGAAGCUAAACUAUCUUGCGAGACGUAUCAGCGGUCUCAAGGCCGGCCAAGCCGUGUCCAAAGACCUGAAAAAACGCUUCCCGCCUGGUACAGGCUCCAAAUCCGCCGCACGGGACCCCUUCGUCGAAAUUGAUGUGACCGGCAAGGCACUGACCGACGAGGGCCUGGCCCAGUUCAUCGGUGAUCUCGUGGAAUGUCUCGUUUUCAGGGACCAGGAGCACCCCAUAGGGCUGGCCAGAGUCACCGAGCUCCAUCUCUCGGGUAACCUGUUGACCGUCCAGUCGCUACCCAUGUUGGCGGAGGUGGUGAACCUCAGUGCGGGUGACCUUCGCGAGCUAGACUUGUCAAAUAAUGACAUUCAGAUUGUGACUCCCGACGACGUCAGGAAGUGGGUGGCUUUCUUGAUGUCGUUCCAGAAGUGCUUUGUGCUUCGUAAGCUUGACUUGGGGGGCAAUGCUCUCGGUCGUGCGGGCAUCGAGCACCUGGCGCGCAUCUACAUGAAGUCUGACCUGGAUUUUCUGGAGAGCGAUGCUUAUGAGGUUAUCGGGUGGGAUGGCGACGAAGCCGAACAUUUAUCGGGCCCAGACUCUACUGUCGAAGCAAUGGGUCGCUUAAAGCUUGCUAAUGCCAAGGAAAAUGAAGGGGCUCCUCGUUCCAAGAAGUCUCCUUACAAGCCCAAGGCGGACCAGAAGCACGCUCCUUUCUUCCUUCUUCUAGUUUAUACUCACGAUGAGUUGAAGACGUACGCUUGCACGCGUGGCCUGCGCUCAAUUCCACACUUGAUCUUGACAAACGUCUCGAUGACUGGCAACAGCGCUAUUCAUCUCAUUGCUAUGCUUGAAAUUCAACGCGCUCCCGAGCCACUGCUGAGCUAUCUUCCGGUUGUUGGAAAAGCCGUGGCCUUGCCUGAGAGUGCGGCAUCGUGCAAGAGCAUCAUAUGGAGACCAAAUGAUGAAUUGGCCCCUCAUGUCCUUCGGAUGAUUGAGGUCUCUGAAGCCCUUCAGCAGCUCCGAGACUCCAAAGCGAGCGAUACUUCAAGUGAAGGUGCUGGCGAAUUUGACAGUGCUACCCAGCAAAAGCUCCAGGGCAAACUGAGAAUCGAGUUCACUCGCGUGUGCAAGCGGGUUCGUCUGGAGGUUAUCAAGGAGGAUGGUGUGCACGGCAGCACUAUCUGGAGCACAGCCCUGCGAAUGAUGCUCGUUUCUCGCGCUCUUCUCUUGGAGGACAGAGACCGCCCUCCAGACGAGGACAUUGAUAUCCCAGAGCGGAUGCCGUUCCCUCAACCCGUCGAAGGCCCAGCUCCUGCGGUCAACGUCGUCACUCAACACACUCGGUCUGCGAGUUCGGGCCCCUUUCACCCCAGCGCCGUGUCUUUCGACCUCCAGUUUCCCAACCUGCCGUCAAUGGCCCAGGGUCCUGCUCCAGUGCUGUGUAUCCCGGCCGGCGACGUGUCAGAUACCGUUCAGUCCAGGAAGGGCCCCCCACCCUCCCAGCCUCCGGCGCCAACCAUGCGACGACGCCCCGUCCGCGGCAGCAGCAAGCAGGACUGGCGCUACGACCUUCCCUUCCAAAUCUGGCGUCGCAUCAUCGCCGAAGCAGUUGGGGCGGACGGGAUCCUGGAUCUUGAGCAGCAGGGUCGUAUCAUGCACUACGCCAGUGACUGGGAUGUCGUUGCCUACGGCCUGCAGAUCAAGGGGGCUGAAGUUCACCAGCGUCUCUGGAAGUUCUUGGAGUCCGUGGGUUGCUUCACCUACACUCCUCUAUGA